AGUACUCACGCAGUGUAGCGUUUAGUACUAAUUUUGUCAUUUUCCACAGCACUUGGAUGAAUGUUGGAAGCUUAGGAAGCAUAAACAAUUAAACACACACCUUCAUCAUCUUCAUUACAACACUAAUUUACAAACCCCCUUCUCAAUUCCAAUUUUUAUACUUUAAAAAAUCACAAAGUAUUACCUGAAUCGCUAACUUUGGCGGCCACCGCUUCCUUCAACCCCUCUCUCCUCACUCUAUAAACAACAAACAAACCUCUGUCUGAAGAACUUCAAAUUUUUAUUAAAUUAUCUGCUGCUCUUCCUGCAACUUUUUUUUUUCUUUUUGCUGUUCAGAAAAAGAGAAAGUAAUCAUUCUUUUGGAUUUUUUUCUGUUAAAAAAGAUGUCUACUGGGAAUAGAACUGGCUAUGGAAACUGGGAAUUCGACAAACCUGAUGUUAAUAAUUUAGACUACUGUGAUGUUGGGUUAGGCUUAAAAAUUCCAUGGCAGCAACAACAACAACAACAACAACAACAACCGCAACAACCGCAGCAGCAGCAGUCUGCACUUUCAUGGCUUCAUAAUCGUCAACCACAAAAUCAUCCUGAAAAUAAUAGUAGGAGCCCUAGUCCUACAAUUUCUGGCUUCUCCCUCGCUUCUCGAUUUGGAAAUGGAGGAGGAAGAGUUGCAUUUACAGCAAACCAAAGGCAAGAAUUAGAGAGACAAACAAUCAUAUUCAAAUACAUGAUGGCUUCUGUCCCUGUACCACCUGAACUCCUAAUCCCUCUGUCUAAAUACCCAACCUCUGCAAUCACAAACUCAUCUUCCUCCUCUGUGGGGAGAAAAACAGGGUUGGAAUUACGGUACGCGGCGGGGGGGCGAGGUGGAGGAGGAGAUCCAGAGCCAUGGAGGUGUAGAAGAACAGAUGGGAAGAAAUGGAGAUGUUCAAGAGAUGUAGCACCUGAACAGAAAUACUGUGAAAGACAUUCUCACAAAGGCCGUCCUUCUCGUUCAAGAAAGCCUGUGGAAUCACCAUUAUUAUCAUCUUCAUCAACACUUACUGGUUCUACAACACCAUCUGUUUCUUCAUCUUGUAACCCUGUUCUCUUCUCCCCUUACACGAUUCCUAAACCAUCUUCUCACUCCUUUGACUUGCCUUCUCAUACUCCUUCUCAAUUCAACCCUUUUGCCAGGUACCCAGACUGGUUCACUAAGAAGGAAGUUGCUGCACCUACUGCUGUUACUGCUACUGCUUGUUUGUACCCACAACAAAUAGGAGGAGGAGGAGGUGGUGGUGGUGGUGGUGGUGGGGAUGAGACAACAAGAACACAUGUUUUGGAAGACCACCACCACCAACAACACCAAAGCUGCCUCCUUCCUCGGCCUUUUAUUGAUGCUUGGUCAUUAAGUGAUCAUGUUGAUCCCAAAGAUGCUACAACUACUAAUCCUUCUUCCAUUGACAACAACUUACCCUUAACGUUGUCGAUGUCACCCGGUAUUGACCAUGAUCAUCAUCAUCACCAUAACUCUGAUGAUAAUAACAACACCAAAGACAAUGCUGAAGUCAGAUCUUCAUCAUCAUCCUCUCAUCAUCCAUUUAACUGGAUGAAUUCAUGGAUUGGUUCGCCAACAGCACCCGGUGGGCCGUUAGCAGAGGCGUUGUGCCUCGGGAUAUCCGGGUCAGGGAACGGGUUAAUGUCGAGUCAUUCGGACGAAUUGGUGUCACCUCAUGGACAUAGCACAAGUUCUAGUACCACAUUAUAAGUGUCCACUUAAAAUCUUAAGAUUAUGAUGCAAUGUUUUGCCUUUUUGUUGCACAUCCCACUGAUUCAGCAAUCAAUCUGUUAAUUCUUUGUAGGUUGAUGCAAUCCCAACUCUUUUGGAUAAUACUAUUCCGUACUAGAUACAAAUGCACUUUUUAAGUAUUUUUAGAAGGUUGUUUGUUGUUUGUUUA